AUGGACCCAGUCAUUCGUCAUGGCACAAAACAAUGGCUGUGUGUGAUGAACUCUUCAGAUCCGACCGUCUCGUCUCUUUGUUGCUGGAAGGAGACUGACGACAGCGGUUUUGUUGAUCCUGUACCGUAUCGCCGCUUGACCUGUCCUGAUGAAACAGUAGCGUUGGGCUCUCAGUGCAGAAAUCAAUUCAGAAACCGCCAGUGA